CUUUCUUUCUAAAGUGAAUUUUUAGAUUCUUGUUUCUCUUUUUCUAUCUUUUUUUGAAAUAGGUUGAUUUUUUUUUUUGUGUACGGUUAAAAAUGACAAUAUCCUAACUAUCAUAAUGUGCAAAUAAAAAAGAUGUUUGUUUUAAAUGUUAAAAUUUUAGGUUUGGACUUGUUGUGAUCGUAGUGAUAAACUGAUAAUAUUCUAGCAUUUUUGUUUGUUUUCACCACCGGUAUCCGCAUUCCGGUCCACUGGAUCGAUUAAUCCAUUUCGGGGACAGUUCUUCCAUUAAAUGGUUGCAGCCCCCUCCUGAUCGCAGUCAUGGGAUCGAACCGUGGCUGUGUUGAUGUUAUUGUACUCUUUAAUUAUGAAAGUGAAGAACUUCAGAACAGUUAUAGAGAUGGUUUGCAUUCUAAGUCAUUCAAAGAUCUUAUGCACUAUGAUAGGGGUCACCAUGAUGCUGAUAAUAGUUACUUAUCGAAUCAAAUGCCGACACAUUAUGCUGAUGAUGACAGGCAUUUACGACAUCGAUCACGCUAUUCCAGUAACAGGCACUUAACUAAUCAAAGGCCGAAACACUAUGCUGAGAAGCGGCACGUACGACAUCAAAUGCCGGAAGACUAUGCCGAUAAAAAGUGUUUGCCACAUCAAACACCAGAGGAUUUUGCUGAUAAAAGCCACUCACCAUAUCAAAUGCCGGAAGACUAUGCUGCUAACAAGGGCUUGCCUUAUAAAACACCAGAUCGGUAUGUAGAUAAGAGGCACUUACUACAUCGAAUGCCGUCACGUGUUGAUAGGAGACAUUUGCCACAUCAAACACAAUACUUUGUUGAUAAAAAAUGCUUCCAACAUCAAGCCAUAGAAGACUUUGCUGAUAACAAGUGCUUACCGCAUAAAACGCCGGAUCACUAUGCUGCUAAGAGGGACUUACCACAACAAAUGCGGGAACCCUGUGCUGAGAAGAGGUACCCGCCACGUCAAACGUCGAAACUCUAUGCUGAUAAGAGGCACUUACCUCAUAAAAUGCCGGAAGACUAUGCUGAUAGAAAGUGCUUUGGGCAACAAACGCCGGAACACUAUGCUGAUAAGAGGCACUUACCACAUCAAAAGCCGAAAGAUUAUGCUUAUAGCAAGGGCAUGCGACUUCCAAUACCAAAACACUAUGCUGAUAAGAGGAACUUACCACAACAAACACCGGGAGUCUAUGCUGAUAAGUACUUACCACAUCAAAUGCCGGGGUCAAGUUCUGUAUAUUGUAAAAUUUGUGAUGUUAAGUUUGGUCGCACGAAUUUUGUAGAACAUGAUAACGGAAGGAAACAUCAAAUGUUAUUAGCACUACGUGAGCUAUCAAUGAAACAAAAAGCUUCAAAUGGAAAAGAGAGGAGACAAAUUCCAAAUUCUUCUCAAGUCAAUCGGAUAGUUCAACGUGAGGAAGUUUCAAAAUCUGAAAACGGGCACGCAGUAGAAAAUGUGAGUUGUGAAGCACCUAGUAUUAGGAACAAAGAAGUUCCAGCUGAAGGUUCUAAAAGGAAAUUCGGGGAUAAUUCUGGUGUAAAGGAUUGCGGUUUGAAGGGAGAAAAUGUGAGUCAUGAAGCUCCUAGUUUCAAGAACAAGAAAGUUCCAGCUGAAAGUUCUAAAAGGAUACUCAACGAUAACACUGAUGCAAAGGAUCAUGGUUUCGAGCAUGAGAUUGGAGUAGCAACAGGAGGUAAGUACAUGAAGACGAAUAAUGGGAUAAGAAAGCCCAUGAAAUCAUCAAAAUCUGAGGUCAAUGCUCUGUCAAAUUCAGUCAAAUCUCAAGUAUCUGAAUUAACACCACCAUCAGGGCGUUUGGCUUCGCUUAAAAUAGCACCGAUCCCUGUAAAAAGAUCUAGUUUUAAGGUACAGUCUCAACAUGUCUCAAGCUCACAAACUAAAAAAUCCAAAGGCAAAGAACAUCUCAAGUUUCAAAAUACUACUGUGGAAAAGAAUGAUCAGCCACAUUCGACUCAGGUAGAGUCGAAUGCCUCAGCAGGGUCUAAUAGGACAGAACCUAUGAGAUGUGAUUUUGCCGAAAUAGUACCACCACAAGUCCCUGUGUCUUCUCUUGUAUUCACACCACCAUCUCCAGUAGUGGGAUCAAGUUUUGAACCUCCAAUUCAAAUCGAUUCCCAGUUGGAAAUAGAAGGCAAAGAACAUCACGGGGUUCAGAAUUGUGGUGUGGAAACAAAUGAUCAGCUGCACUCAAUCUCAAUAGAGUCUCAUGCUCAUGCAGGUUCUGAUAUUAAUACUUUGAUCAAAGAUUCAUGUUCUGAUUCUGAUGCAAUAGUAAUAGCACCACCGCAAUCUCCUAUUGAUACUCAGUUAUCUGCACCAGUAGCUGUUAAACAGACAGAAAUGUCAGAAAGCACAGUUCUGAAUGAGAUUCAAAAUCACAUUGUUCAUCAAAAUGAUCAGCAACCUUCAAAAAUGGAGAUUGAUGCCGCUUCAGAGAUCAGUGCUGAAACUGAAGAUGAAAGUUCUCAAGCGGAAGCGGAAAUGGGAAUAAUUCAGUUGCCUCAGGUAUCUGUUUGUCUUAAGUGCGGCAAUAAAGGCUUUGAAGAGACAUUGGUAUAUUGCAAUAAAUGUGAAUAUUAUGCACUGCAUAGGUAUUGUUUAGAUGGUCCUGUGGUUUUUACAGAUGAAGUUAUUUGGUUUUGUGAGGAUUGUGAAGCAGAGGUAGUAGACGUAGAUUAUCUUGAUAGUGAGAUCGAAGUUGAUUCCAUCGAGGACUAUGAUGAAGGCUCUACAGAUUCCGAGAAAGACGAAGUUGAUUCCAACGUGGACUAUGAUCAAAGCACUACAGGUUCCGAAAACGAUGAAGCUGAUUCCCGAUAUGGAUGUUCUACUUUAGUUGAUCCACUGCCUAUUGCUGAUCCAAUAUGGAGGGGAAGUUUGCAGCUUAUCAACAGAAGCUUUGAAUUAAUGAGCCAUUUGUCGACUUUAGCAUGUCCUAAAGUUCUAGAGGAGACAAGACAUCUCCCUAAUGUGUUGUAUGCAGAUUUGCUUCAAAGAUCAGCUGUGUGGCCACAAAGUUUCAGGAAAUAUGGAACAAAUAAUCAGAGCAUUGACCUUUAUUUCUUUCCGGAGAAUGAAAGGCCGCAAUGCAGUCAAGAUUGAGUGCGGUCCACAGCUGGAAUUGCAGCCGCAAUAUUGCUGAUGCGGUUGUCUCCUCAACGGUAUCAGGCCGCAAUUUCGGUGUAUAUUAAAAUCACGUAUGCAACGACAUCAGACAAUUUCAUCUAUGUUCGGUCAUUUCUUCUCACCAAAAAUGAAAAUUUUAGAGCUUACAAUUCUCAAUCUUUAAAUAUAAUGAAAAGUCUUAUCUGUAAGCAUUUUUAAGUUUUGUAUUUCAAAUAUCUAUCAUUAUGCAUUGCAACAACUGCAAAUGUAACCACAUCUGUGACCGCAACCGCAAUUUAAAACCAUGUUUAGAAACAUCCUAUAUAAAUUUAACUAUUUCGCUGCAUCAAUCUACUUUUGCAACUGAUUAUAUAUCUAGUAUUGAAUUAAAUGUUAAUGUAUUUUUU